AUGCCCCAACUCCGCGACCCCCUCGACACCCCCAAGAAGAACCGCAUCCGCGGCGGCAUCAUGGCCUCCGAAUGGGCCCAAGAAGAGUCAGGCAUCAUCUCCACCGACCAGGACAUCGCCGCCGUCUUCGACUGUCACCCCGAGACCGUCGCGUACGUUCGUUACGACGAUGAAGAUUGCUGUAAUCCUGCUGAGCGUGCGGGCGAAGCUAAGAAUUUCGUAAGAUAUGAUAUGCCCACUGUCACGGAGCGGUUUCUCGCAGCACGAGAUCGCGAGGAGCGAGCUAGGAAGAGCAGGACAAGCAAGAAACGGCAACGCGCCAGCUCAACUGGGUCUGGAUCUGAGUUUGAGGAUGAAUUUGAGUGUGAGGAGAGCCAAGAGAAGGGGCAAGAAGUGCAACAACAACAGUCAAAGGAAAAGAAGAGGAGAAGAACGAUGAGACCGACGAUACGCCGGAAGAACGCGGCGACGGCGGUGGCUGUGGCUGCGACAUGA